CCUCUUUCUCUCUCCUUUCGCAACCUCGCGUCGCCUUUGUCCAAGCGAAGGCGAGUGUAGAGACAGCUCCAAAGACGUCCUGCUUUAUCGCACUCGCAACUUCCCAAGUCUUAUCACUGCUAGCUCGCCAAGAUGACAGUCGCCACACUGUUCCCCAAGGAAGAGGGUGUUGGAUUUUCCCUCACCACGCAGAGCCAUGGCGAAUGUAAAGUUCGCGUCGACCUUCCCAGUUCGAUUUCUCAGGCAGACUGGGAAAGGAUUUUCAGCAGCCGCAUGUUUCAGGAUUGGCUGUCUGUCUACGCCACCGCGGAUCGUCUCCGUCUCCUGCGUGUGGCGCUUGAGAGCUCGCAACACUGCAAAUCUUCCGGAGAAGAAAAACUCACUUCUGUGGCCAUGCUCGUGGAGGCAGCAGACAAGGAGGGUGAGGUCUUUUCGGGGCCGGUGUAUCUACGGCCGCAGCGUCGCGCAGUGCUGGUGCUACUGCGGAACACAGAGACGCGAACAGACAUGUGCCUGUUUGUGAAGAAGCCGAAUUUGUCAGUGGGUCUGGCCGAUACUCUCGAGCUUCCCGAGGGCGAGUUCGAGGCGGAGACUGGCCGCUUCGUCGGACCUGCAGCCGAGGAGGUAGAACGACAGCUGGAGGCAACGAUCUACGAGAAAAAUCUUGUGAACCUCACGCAAGUCACCUUCGGGGGCGGCGGCCUGGCCCUCGGCGGGGAUCUCUCCUUCGCCUCUCUCUCGCACGACGGCAAGGCGAACAACGCGAGUCAAGAGAAAAGUCCCCAUGUCGCCGUCGGUCUCUCCGGAGGCGAGCGCGUCGAGCUCUACCUGUACCGCGCGAACGUUUCUCCGGAGACAAUGGCAGGCAUCGAAGCUCGUGUCGGCCGCCUCCGCAGAAGAGGCAAACAAACACCCGAAGUGACCACACACAAACCUGGCCAGUCUGGAGUCCAACUCAGUCUAGUGCAGUUGGGCGACGCCUGGGGGCUCGUGGCGGACGCACCCGCAGUGAGUGCUUUGUUUUUAGUCCACGAGCUUCGCUACCACCGCCUGAUGCCGAAGUACAGAAAUCCUUUGGCUGAGAGCAGCGAAGAAGCCAAGACGAGCAGACCCGUUCAGAAAGCUGCUGCGACGUUCAAGAGCGUCCAGGACCUCGAACCGACCUCGAAAGGCCUCAACCUCCGUGUCAAAGUCGUCUCCCCCAAAGUCGUCGAUCGCGACCGGACAUUCCCCAGUGGCAGGACAAGCCGGGAGGGGCACAUGGUGGUUGGCGACGAAAGCGCUGUCAUUACACUCAAGCUGGUGGACCAGCAGAUGGAACUGCCUGACGUCGAAGGCACACCGUUGCUGAUCCGCAACGGGCUGAUCAGCAUGGAGGAGGGACAUAUGAAGCUCGUCGUCGAUCGCUGGGGAAAAAUCAUCUCUGACAUCCCCGAGGCGGAGAAGGAGAGCUUCAAUUUCACUGUGAACAGCGCGCGCGACAUGUCUGCAACCGAGUACGAGCUCGUCGUCCUUAAGGAAGACGGCGAAGAAGGCGAGAGUGGCGCUGCGCCGGGCGGCGGCCGUGGGCGAGGCGGCCGGGGGCGGGGCCGAGGCCGCAGAGGCCUGGGAAGAGGAAGGCGGUGA